GGAGGCGGGGCUUGGAUGGGGCGGGGCUGAGGCUCCCUUCUAAGGUCCCGGUCCUCCCCGCCGCGACUUAACCCCGGAAGCAGGGUGGCGGGCUCCUGUGCUGUUGCGGCGGGGGACUGCGGCGCGAGUCUCAGUACUUCACCUAAGGGAGGCAAGACUCAUGAGCUUGGAUGUUCAUUUCCUCAUCUCUUUGGUCGCUUAUCAGAGAGCUGACCUGGCAGGUCUCAGCUCAAAGGAGGAUCAGACUGAUACCAGCCUGUGGGCUCCAGCAGCUCCUUCCCAACAAGGCACUUCUUUAAGCAGUAACAGAGGAAGCAGCAAUGUUUCACUUCUUCAGAAAGCCUCCGGAAUCUAAAAAGCCCUUGGUACCAGAGAGAGAAGCAGAUGGAUUUGUCCUUUUAGGAGAUACAGCUCAUGAGCAAAGAGUGGCAGCAAGAGGCAAAACUUCAGGCAUAGAAGGCAAUGAGACUUUGGAGAUUGGCAAAGAAAACUCAUCCAGUGUGACUGUAGCAGGCCCCGAGAUGGAAAAUAAGGCAGGCCAGACUCUGGAAAACAGCUCAUUAAUGGCCGAGCUUCUGAGCGACGUACCCUUCACCUUGGCCCCGCAUGUGCUGGCUGUGCAGGGCACCAUCAGUGACCUUCCCGACCACUUACUCUCCUAUGAUGUCAGCGAAAACUUAUCAAGGUUUUGGUAUGAUUUCACUCUUGAAAACUCAGUGCUGUAUGGUUCGUAAUCUUUAUGUCUGUUUGCACCUUAACAGCUUUAAGGCAAAAGUUUGCCUCUUUUAUUUAACCUGUGUGAUGUUUUUUGACAUUUCCCUGUUUAAAGGCCCUUAAGGGCCCUCAGAAAAGCAAGGAUCAUAAAGCAAAUAAUAUUACAUUCAUUGCUCUAUUUUUUUUAGAAUAAAGCAUAUUUGUAUAAAAAGUAAACUUAAGAUCUACUACUUCCUUUUCCCCCUAAUAAUAAAUACAAAUAUUAAUUUAUCAAGGUUUUAUGGAAGGAGUAGAUUCCGUCAACCGGUCUCUCAAAAUACACCACCUCACAUUUAUCUUAGAAAAACUGUGAAAAAGAACUGAGGCAUUUUUCUUAGUUACCACAAGAAACUGAAGAAGUCUCCACUUAGAGGGAGUGUGAUUUCUCUUCUCUGGUUUGGAAGAAACUUACUUAAUGUUUUCCCCUUUCUCCUUCCACUAUGUUUAUUAAUGAAUUCAGAAAAAAAAAAAGUUGGCAGUUAGUUAGCUUAAUUUCUUCAGUCUUGAUUUAGACAUUGAUGUGGAAAUUUACAACUUUUCCUAGAAAGCAGUGGUAGUUUGCUGAUAUAAGAAUGCUGUAAGUUGAAUGCUCUGGAUACUGUUUCUUUUGAGUGACAGAUUUUGGUUUCCUAAUGCCAUGGCAGUCUUUUCCACCUUGAUGGAGUCCUGAGUUCCUGCCUUUGUUUUUUGCUACUUCACGGUUUGCUCUCUCACCAGCUUUCCAAAGAACGUUCCCUGCUUCUGCCUCAGUUGGCAUUUGUUCUCCUUACCACCUAUGUUCCCGGUUUAUGAAGAGAUCCGUAUUUCCUUUCAACCUCUCUGCCUCCCAAAAAAAAACAUCUCAUAAUGAUAUGUAUUAUUGCUGAUAAAGCCCUUAUUUAGAAAGUUGUUGGCCACAAUACAGAUGGAAAUGUUUUACUGCUACAAAAAGUGCAACUGACUCAUUUCCAAUUAGAGUGUAGGCAAAACACCUAAACAGGACUUUUAGUUCGUGAAUAUCUGUUAUUUAUUCCAACUAAAAUAGAAAACUGCCAUUGGUCCAUAAACUGUAAAGGGAAGAGGUAAAUUGUGACAGAGCAUUUUCUAUGCCAUGGAAAAUUUAAAUCACAUUUGUUCUGAUUAGUGGCAAUACAAUUUAUUGAUUCUGUGCCAAAUCUUAAAUAUAUUUUUCACAAAGGUAGAGUGCCAUAGCAAAACUAAAUACUGUGCAUAAAGGUACAUGAAUUAUUCAAGUUUUAAUGUGUCAUGCAUGUUGUUUGUUUAAUAUAUGUGGCAUGGUCUUGAUAAAAUGUUAUAUUAUUUAAAAGUUAAAACAUACAUUUCCAUUGACAGAAAUAUGCUUCACUUACAAAUAAUGCUACCAUAUGAGGUGAAUGAUUAAAUUAGAGCUUCACAUAGUUUUCAUAAAACAUCAGUCUAAGAAAUCUAACUUAUUACUAAGACAAAUGUGACCAUUUUAUAGCAGUUUUUGUUAAAACAUAUCUUUUUUUAAUAUCCGUGUUAAUGUACAGCCAAUGUUAAAGCCAAGUGUAAGCAUGUUAUCAAUUUGUCUAUGUGUUAAAUUUUGUCUAAAGCACUUAUACAUUUCAUUUAUAUGUAUGUCUACCAUGUUAUAAAUAUGCUUGUAUUUUCAUUUGUCUAUAAAAGAUAUUUAAAUAAACAUGAAUUUU